AAUGGCGUCCUUCACCAUCGAUGACCCAGCCCACUGCGUGCAAUUUGUGACUUCCUAACUAAACUCCAAACUUGUUAGAAAUAGAAAAUUAAACGAUUUUUCUUUGUUUCAAAAGGUAAUUCCUGGUAGCUGUGAACUGCUAUGUGCAGAUCGUCCUUUCAGGCCACCCAAAAUAAGCCUAUAGAUUUUUGUGACUUUUCUACGUAAUAUUAAGAAAAUUAUCAUAGCAACUGAAUCAAGAUGCAAACAAUCAAAUGUGUGGUUGUGGGAGAUGGUGCUGUUGGUAAAACCUGUUUGCUUAUCAGUUACACCACAAACAAAUUUCCCUCAGAGUAUGUGCCCACUGUCUUCGAUAACUAUGCAGUUACUGUAAUGAUUGGUGGAGAGCCUUACACCUUAGGACUCUUUGACACUGCAGGUCAAGAAGAUUACGACAGACUCAGACCACUGAGUUACCCGCAAACAGAUGUUUUUCUUGUUUGCUUCAGCGUAGUGAGUCCCAGUUCUUUUGAAAAUGUCAAGGAAAAAUGGGUCCCAGAAAUAACACAUCAUCAACAAAAGACUCCAUUUUUGCUGGUUGGAACACAGAUAGACUUGAGAGAUGAUCCUGCUACAUUGGAAAAACUGGCUAAAAUAAAACAAAAACCAGUUUCGUUGGAACAGGGUGAGAAACUUGCAAAGGAACUGAAGGCUGUCAAGUAUGUUGAGUGCUCUGCUCUUACACAGAAAGGAUUAAAAAAUGUAUUUGACGAGGCAAUUCUGGCUGCUCUGGAGCCUCCGGAGCCGGUAAAGAGAAGGAAAUGUGUGCUACUGUAAUGGCAGCACAAGAGAGGGUGUCGCGGCUCGUGGUCAACCCUCCGCUGCCGCCACCACCAUCCGGCCCACUUUGACAUCAUUGCUGCGCGUGAGAGGCAUUGCACCACACAUACUGUAAUAGUCAACUUGUUAUUACGAAAUUUAUUGAUAUGCCAUAACUAAAAUAACAUGAAUAUUACAGUUGCGAUAAAGAGGGUCUUACGCUACGACAACUUAUUAUAACAAGUUCAGGCCUGCACAGUUUUCCAUUUUAUAUUAUGAAUAUAUCUUCAAGGCGAUUUUAUACCAUGUCAUUUGACUUUUAUAGAAAUAAUUUUAAUUUAUAACAAUUAUUAAGUCAUUUGUACCUAUUACUACUAUAUGUAUAGUAUGCAAUUAUAUUUAAUAUCCUUUUAAGAGAUGAGAGUUGCAUUAAUCUGUUGGCUAUGGGCUAGAUAGUUGAUUCCAAUUAUCGAUCGGACUAUUGAAAUGCCUUUACAAUUUUAGCUGAGAUCAGUGACAAGACGCAUGCACAAUAUUUGCUAUGCACAGUGUAAAACGUUAUCAUAAGUGUUUGCAAUAGCAAUGAAAUAUAAUUUAAUGUCUAUCUUGUUCAACAGCUGUCCAUGCAUUCUUUAUAUUUAUUCUUAUUUACUUACAAAGCAUCAUAUUUAAUUAUUAACCUAAUGAUGAAGUACUAUAAUAUGUAGUAAAUUUUCUUUAAUUAAUUUAAAUUUAAUAGUCUGUAUUACUUUUUUCAUUUCUAUGAGAGUAAAAUAGCUGUGUUCAAACAGAGCACUAUUUAUAUAUUAUGAUGAUGAGUGUGAUAAAAAAUACACUAACAU